AAAUACAAGUGACAAGUGGAAUAUUCCAGACUGACUAUUUUAUACCAUGCCAUAGGUGGGAAGGCGGGAGUAAAACCGUCGACUAUAGAACGGCUUUCCUGUGUUCUGAUUGGCAAGAGAUUUUUGGCUGUAUUUUAUAUGGCAUGAUAUAAAGCAGUGUAUACCUCAAUUGUUAAUUUUCUUGAAGUCAGUGCAAUGUCCUACAUGUCUUGAGGUUGACGAUCUUAGGAAACCCGUGGCCGGAAAGAAACAUAUCUACAAAUCAACUGUUUAUUUUUCUUUUUUCAGGUUGGCGUAAGUUUCUCAGCGAUAUCAGUUCGCUACUUGAAUUGAAUUUCGUAUUAUAGAUAGUUGUAGGCGUUAGUGUUUCAUCCAACUCCGCAUUCAUUUGUUUUCUGAGCUGUCUGCUGUAUCAAUAAUUAUUUAGUUUUUCGGGAAAUUCCAGGCUAAAGGACGCAGCAGUUAGUACGAAAUAAACACUAAUGCCUCAAGUAGGCUAACAAUCAUUUUUUAUCUUUUCAUUUUAAGCAGACAAAAUCUGUCUUAUAAAACGGUCAGUGGAAAUUAAAUUCCCCAAGCAGAAGCUACUUACGACCUAUGAAAAGAAAAGUGGCGAAUUUCAGGGAUUUAGACGGUCAAGUGAUGUCAUUUAUUUUCCAACCGGAGCUCUUUCAGGGGAAUACAACUUUAACUUUUUGUUUUCGUUUUAUUUCGACUCUUCGAAUCAGAAACACAAUGAAUAGCCAAAAUUUUCCGAAAGUUCUCGGCCUGGAAAAUUUAAACACUAUCCACAUUUUUCGCAUCUAUUAAAGACACACAUGUUGGUUUCACGGAUAUCACAUGAUCAGAAUAUCUUUUUUAAAAUUAUGAUGAUGUCAGAUACAUAGGGCAAUACGUGUCACAAGCCGUAAUGAUCUCGGCUUUUAUUUACAUUAUGAAAUGAUCAUGAUUACCAUAGAAGUCAACUGAAUCUUUGAAUUUUUAAAAUGAUGCUUGAAAACCUAGUUGUGCGUAUGACUUUCGUCGCAGAACUGUUCUUUUUUUCUCGAUUAUGCGAUAGCGCUGUGGACCCAAGAAACAUAAUCACGAUCAGCCAACCACAGAGAGGCGCUGUUUGGAUAUCGGGACAUAACUCUUAUCCAAUUGCAUGGACUCAGUCGAAGUUUUGCUUCAAAUGGAACAUAGAACUACUGGACAGUGAGGAGAACAAAGUGGUAGAGAUUUCAUCAGGUUUAAGCGAGUUUAAAGAUGAUAUAAUGAAGCAUUCUUGGCUUGUUCCACAGACCAUUCAAUCGGGCAGUUAUCAUAUUAAAAUUUGCGAAAACAGUGCUCCAGAAACUUGUGGCGACAGCGGUUCAUUCACUAUCAGGAAUGGCAACGAGCCCGUUUCUGUUGACGAGGAUGAUUCCGAAGCGUUCUCUCCAGUGCAGUCUACUCAAAUGCCAGGACAGUUUGCUCCUAAUAAUGUAACGAGCCAAAAGAAGACCGCUGAUCUCCACGAGUUACCUCAUGAGCUGCGUCGGCAAAAGCGUGUGGAACGAGAACAGCUGUACUUCAAACGCAUGACUGAGCAGAUCAACCAACAGGAGAACGGGGAAUGUACGAUUGAUCGUGUCCAUCGGCCUUCAGGAAAGACCUUUUUGGAGCGUUACAUGAAGCCGCGUAAACCUGCUAUUUUAACGGGAAUGAUGGACAGCUGGGAAGCCACAAAGUCCUGGGACUUUGAUCAACUUGGAAGUAUCCUCACUAAAGGUGUCAAAGUUGACGUCAUGGAAGGUAUCACUCCCUAUUCCCAAUGGAAUAAAUUUCGCAGUCGGUUUUCUGAUAUUUACAGAGAGCCAGCAAAAGUGAUCAUGAAGGACUUUCAUCUAAUUUACCCCGAGCUGAUGGACUCAAUGAGUUUUCCGGAAUUCUCUCAAGACUACCUGGAGGUCGUAGAAGAAGACAUUCGUCCUUCCCAGCUGUCUUUUGAGAUGACUCCCAAGAGAUCCGGAUUUCACUGGCGCGUGGAGGCGCUGAACGCGUCUUUGUGGAGCGCUUUGAUUCAUGGACGGAGACGCUGGGGUCUUUAUCCUCCUUAUCAUUACUUUAUACCGGGUGCAGCGCACAACAAUCAUCGGACCCAGGACUCUCACCAAUCGGAGCCAUUUAUAUGGUGGAUUUACACCAGACCUGAGUUACAAGACGAUUACAAACCGCUGGAAUGUGUACAGGAACCGGGGGAGUUGCUUUACAUUCCCUCGGGGUGGUGGUGGAGCAAUGUCAACAUUGAUGACUCGGUUGCGAUGCAGAAAUCAACCUGUGAUGAGACAAAUAUCCGAAUAUGCAUGGAUGAGUUAAAAGAAUUAGCUGACAGUGCCGGGGACAACUUUCAUGCUGACGUAUUUAUUCAACUACGUCAUUAUCUGGCCAAACGGGAUCCAGGGGUCCUUACGGAUGAUGACCAGCUGUUCAAGUCUCCCAUUAGAGAUCUGGGGAAAACUAACACUGAGUACAGAGAUCGUUUUCAUGAAGACGUGUGGAAGAAAUAUUUCGAAGAUGUGAUGGAGGAUGAGGAUUCCUGAUAAACAAACGCAUUGGCGUCCCAUGAAGAUGUUUAUAUAAAAAAUUAAAGAUGGAAUGCUGUGCUCGCGGUUCUUGCACAUGAUUUAUGACAGAGCCACUCAAGGUUAUCAUGAAUGCCUAUGAAAUAUAGGAACUAGAAGUAAGCUGUUUUGAGAGUUCAGUAUUAAGCUUUAAUUUAAAUGUGUAAUUUUCCUAAGACGCUCCUCGCUAAAUUAUGUCACAGAUUUUGUUUAAAAUAAAUAAAGAACAAGUACUCUGGGUGAAUUUAAUUUUGCUACAAAACAGUUAUCGAUAACAAUGGUUUUUGACUGACGUUAAUAAUCUUGAUUUGCAUUCAAUGAUAACGAGCACACUUUAAAGUUUAUGGAACAUACGUAGCAGGCCUUU